AGAGUACAAUGUUUUUACAUACAGAUAUUCAAGCACUUCAUCCAAAUGGAUUUAAAAUCACUGCUGCGUUGAAUAUUUCUGGAAAGGAUGCUAUGAUCAAAAAUGAGAAAGGCAUUCAUGAUGGAGCAGCCUUACAAGUUACUGACCUACGUACAGGAGUGUUACUUAACCUCUCCCCCAACUCUGCUGUGCUGUUCCUUCUGGCAAAAUUCAAAGCUGAUUCAGAUGCCCUUAUUGAUGAUGCACAGGCUGAAUGGCUCUAUUGGGAAGCAUCCCAGUUUCAGAGGGCAACAUGGAGCUUUUUGCAAGGAUGUGUUGCAAACAAGGUGGAUGCAGCCGCCACAGCAGCGUUGUUGAAGUGUCUUUCUCAGCUGGAGCAGCAGCUCAAACUGUCAACCUUCAUCUGUGGGCAUGUGCUGGAAGCAAGUGAUGUCGUGAUUUAUAGUUCAUUGCUGCUGCUGACAGCUACACCAUCAGCUGCUCCUCUACUGGCCAACUACAGCUCCGUGCAGCGCUAUAUCGGACAACUUUCUGACAUUCCAGCCAUCAAGGUUGCUUUUAGUCUAAUGACAUUCCAGCCAUCAAGGUUGCUUUUAGUCUAAUGACAUUCCAGCCAUCAAGGUUGCUUUUAGUCUAAUGACAUUCCAGCCAUCAAGGUUGCUUUUAGUCUAAUGACAUUCCAGCCAUCAAGGUUGCUUUUAGUCUAAUGACAUUCCAGCCAUCAAGGUUGCUUUUAGUCUAAUGACAUUCCAGCCAUCAAGGUUGCUUUUAGUCUAAUGACAUUCCAGCCAUCAAGGUUGCUUUUAGUCUAAUGACAUUCCAGCCAUCAAGGUUGCUUUUAGUCUAAUGACAUUCCAGCCAUCAAGGUUGCUUUUAGUCUAAUGACAUUCCAGCCAUCAAGGUUGCUUUUAGUCUAAUGACAUUCCAGCCAUCAAGGUUGCUUUUAGUCUAAUGACAUUCCAGCCAUCAAGGUUGCUUUUAGUCUAAUGACAUUCCAGCCAUCAAGGUUGCUUUUAGUCUAAUGACAUUCCAGCCAUCAAGGUUGCUUUUAGUCUAAUGACAUUCCAGCCAUCAAGGUUGCUUUUAGUCUAAUGACAUUCCAGCCAUCAAGGUUGCUUUUAGUCUAAUGACAUUCCAGCCAUCA